GUUGGAAACUGACUGGAGAUUUCAAAAUGUUUCAAAAUGGCUCAACCCUGGCCGUUUUUGAAAUGGUGAGAUUGAACAAAAUAGUUAUUCACACUUUAAAAAUUCUUCCAAAAUGAAUUUUUCUAGUUAAAAUUUUUGUUACAGAGAUCCUUUCGAUCUAGAUUAAUUAUGAGUACCUAACUUCAAAUCAAAAUAAAAGAGCUAAAAAUGUGGAAAAAUCGAAAUUUCAUCAAAUUGCCCUAGAAAGCUGAAAUUUGCUACGAAGUUUAGUUUCGACAGCUCCCCCUCCCACGCCAUGUAUCGACUGAAAACAGUCUUGGAACCGUUUUGAUCAGUUCGGGUGCCUUCAGUAGAUUUUUGAAAGUUGAAAUUUUUUACCCAAUAAGGAUGAAAAGCUAGAAUCAUACAUAUAUAUAACGUAACUUUUAUAAUUAUGCUGAUUCGAUUGAAGAUGAUUUCAUGCCGUUCUGGAGCCUCCGUCCGUUUUUUUUUUUUUUUUUUUGAAAUUCCGGAUUUUCAAAGAUUUGUAAAAACCGUCCAGUUCAUGUUGUUGGUAUUUUUGUCACGCCAGGUCGAUUAGAGAUGGCUUUAUGGCCGUCUUGGAUCCUCUAGCAACUAUUUGGAAAUUCCAAAUCCUAAAAAAAUGCCAUCAAAUCUGUCAAAAUUGACUAAAGUAGGUAGCUAGGUACCCAUAAACGCGUUCAAAGAAUGCUGAUUUUUGAUAAAAUUAAAAAGCCCGCUUCAGCAUUAUUGAAAUUUUGACUUGGUGGAACUUCGCCGUGAAAUGUCUUUCUGAAUAUUGUAAGAUCAACACAUCUUUAAAAAAAUUUCAUCCAGAAGCAUUCACACAGAUGCGUAAUAAACACACAGAAAACCAAAAAAAAAUUAUCAAAAUAAUAGUAUAAAAUCACAACAUUGAAAAUAAUUAAUUCGAAAAAGCAACACAUACCUAUUUGGCUAGACCUGAUGUACUUCAUAAAAUUUCAUUCAUUUACGCAAGUAUGUAGAUAAUAAUCAAAAUUCGAGUACACGCAGAACAACAAAUAACAACUUUUCUUAGAAAAUCUCCGAGUGUUUCAUGCAAUCAAAUAAAUAGCACUCGGUGUAUUUGAAAUAUACAGACACUUGUGUAGGUGUCUGACGUAUGACGUAUCUGAUAAAACGAGUGAAACCCCCACUCCAGUUCAACAUGGCCCAUCACUUGCACAAAUCAAUGAUCGAAUUAUGAAUUUAUAAAAAAAGAUUACCUAAUAGGUAUAUUAGUCAACAUAUAGCAUCUCGUAACACCAAAAUUUAAAAUAUAAACCAGUGAAAAUCAGCACCAAGAGCACAUUUCAGUCUGGAAUCUCAGCAAGUUACGUGGAAGAAAUUUUCGCAGUGAUCGUUUCAAAAAGAAAUUCGUUCAAAUUCUAAGUUCAUUAUUAUUCGUAAUAUGCGGUUCCGCAGCUUUGGAUAAAACAUGGUGGAAAUAUGCCACAAUAUACGAAGUAUUUUUAAAAUCGUUCAAAGACAGCGAUGGUGAUGGAAUCGGAGACUUUAAAGGAUUAACUUCGAAACUGGAUUAUUUCGAAGAUCUUGGAGUGGAUACGAUUUGGGUGACGCCAUUUUAUCCUUCUUCGGGAGCUGAUGGAGGUUACGAUAUUACAGAUUUUUACGGAAUCGAUCCUCUUUAUGGUACAAUGGCGGAUUUCGACGAAUUUCUGAGAGAAAUGAAGAAACGAGGUCUGAACUUUGUGAUGGAUUUGGUGAUCAACCACAGCAGCGAUGAGCACGAAUGGUUUCAAAAAUCGAUAGAAAAAAUAGAACCAUAUAACGACUACUACGUUUGGGUUGAUCCAAAAGCAUACAAUCAAGAUGGUAAACCUAUUCCGCCAAAUAAUUGGCCGAGCAUUUUCGAUUACACCAAACCCAGUUCAGGAUGGACUUGGAACGAGCAGAGAAAUCAGUAUUAUUGGCAUCAUUUUCACGCAAAACAACCAGACUUUAAUUUACGCAAUGAAAAUGUCAAGAAAGAAUUACAAGCAUUGAUGAAAUUCUGGCUGGAUAAAGGUGUGACAGCUUUUCGAGUAGAUGCUGCGCCAUUUUUAAUGGAAGAUCCGCUACUUCGAGAGGAGGAUUAUGGGAACGAAUUCGCCAAAAUUGAAGCAGGCACUGAAGAACGGAGCAGUCGACGAUUUCAUCAUCCAGAUAACUUCCCAUUCCUGAACGAAAUGUACCUAUUUCUUCGACAAUACGAUAAGAAAAAUAAAAAGGAACGCGAAACCGCCAUGAUGACCGAAGCUUAUGCUGCAACUGAGGUCAUAAUUAAGUAUUAUGGAACGAAGAAGACGCCAUCUUCACAUUUCACAUUCAAUUAUCAAAUCACAACGCUCAAAAAGUACUUAGAUGCUCGAGAAAUGAUCGAUCAUUUGAACAAUUGGAUAGAUAGAUUGCCCCAAGGUGCAGCACAGAAUUGGGCGGUAAGUUAAUGAAACAAAUUUUUAAUGCCAACUCACUUUUUUGCACAUUAGUAUAGAUUACAAUUCUUUACUCACAGAGGUCAAUUUUUCACACUCAAUAUAAAUAGCUAGGCAAUCACGACCAAGGAAGAAUUUUCUAUCGAUUCAAUAAAGAAUAUAAUUCCGUUUUACUGGCACUGGUUACCAUGCUGCCAGGAGCAGCUUCCCUUUAUUAUGGAGAAGAAUCAAGUCAAGAGUUAUUCGAUUUUACUCCUGAGCACGUCAAGAAUCUCUGGGUCGAAAGAGAUCAUUUUCGUUUACCGAUGCAAUGGGAUGAUUCAUUCAACUCAGGCUUCACUUCUGGUGAAAAACCAUGGGUACCACUACAUCCUAGUUAUUGGCUAACAAACGUCGAAACUCAGAAAAAUCAUCCUCACAGCUUCUUGAGCUACUUCAAAGAUCUCGUCUCAAUUCGCAAAACAGAUACUUUCAAAUACGGUGAUCUGAAAUUAUACGCUGUGUCGAAAUGGGUCCUGGCAUUCACCAGAACUUAUCGGGAAUCUAAAUACAUUGUUGUAUUGAAUUUGGGAAUGGAAAAUAAUUUGAUCGAUUUACACUCGAAUAUCCACGAUUUGCCAUCAACUUUGACUGUGGUAGCAGCCAGUCCAAAUUCUGGAUACAUAAAAGGGGAAAAAUUCAAGACGAUUUUAAACCGCCUCAACAUAUCUGUUCUACGACCUCAUUCAAGUGUUGUCCUGACCUAUGUAUAAGACUGUCUCAAAACAAUUCCUAUUACAAGACAGGACAACAAGUUGUCAACGUACAAAUAGAUUGCCAAGCAAUUCUUGUCCAAUCAAAAAUUUUCAGGGGCACCCUUCAAGUAUCUUCAAAUGGCAGGGAAAACUGGAAUGGCCAAAUGUACCAAGAAAUACCAGUUUGGCACCGAUCAUACCAACAUUUGAAAAAGUGUCAUUUUUCAUAAAUUGAGUAUUUUGUUGUUGUUUGUUUUCAUAAUUGAAAUGUAUUCCGAAUUCAACUUGAAACAAUGAAUUAUAUUUUUGUACUGAAUAUUCCAUCGUCC